CCCAAAACCAAUAGCUGGAGCUACCAUGCCGGGAUCCAAUCAUAGGUCCAUCGCGUGUCUAGGUGUAUUGUGUCCUUUCAAACCUACCGGAGACGCAUUUCUCACGUCUUUUAGCCCUGCCUAUUUUCUCGUUUGAACCUUUCUCAACAUCCAAGUCGACCAUCACCCUCUGAGUGUACACGAUUCCGCCGCACAAGCGACUACUUUCGUGACGGGCGCCUUGCCAUCUCAGACUUCCCGUCCCCCCCUGUAAUCCUCAUUCUCGCGAUAGCUCGUCUUCUGCGCAUCGUGUCAAAACAGCUAUUUUCAGGAGCUAGGCUCCCCUCCUAACCGCACAUCAUGUCGCUCAACGUGUUUCGAGUCCUAGCGGACUUCUCGCAUUUGACGUCAAUCUUCAUCCUACUUCACAAGAUGACGGAGCUCAAUGGCUGCUCCGGUAUAUCCUUCAAAUCGCAAGCUUUGUACCUCAUCGUCUACGUAACUCGAUAUCUCGACCUUUUUAGCACCGAAAGCUACUAUAAUAUCAUCUUCAAGAUCUUGUUCAUCAGCUCACAAGGCUACAUCGUGUAUCUGAUGACGACCAAGUACAAGCCAACCCACGACCCGAACCUUGACACCUUCCGCGUGCAAUACCUGCUGGGUGGCGCUGCGGUGCUGGCCAUCCUAAUACCCUACCGCUACACAGUCUCCGAGAUCCUAUGGGCCUUCUCCAUCUGGCUGGAGUCAGUAGCAAUCCUGCCGCAGCUAUUCAUGCUGCAGCGCACGGGCGAGGCCGAGACCAUCACGACGCACUACCUAUUCGCUCUAGGAAUCUACCGCGGGCUCUACAUCCCCAACUGGAUCUACCGCUACUUCACCGAGGUCAAUCACAAGAUGGAUUGGAUUGCCAUCAUCGCCGGUAUAAUCCAAACCGUUCUGUACUCGGAUUUCUUCUGGAUCUACUACACCAAGGUCAUGAAGGGCAAGAAGUUCAAGCUGCCUGUAUGAGACGGGAAAUCCUGAUAUCCUCAGUUUCCCAAGAGACAGGACAGCCUUUAGCAAGACCACAACGUGUAUAACUAAAUAUAUCCAGGCUCGAUUUCCAGGGGGGAAAUAGAUAAAAAGCUCCCUCCCACUUCACCACACAACGUCCAUAACUAUACAAAAUAUGUUAUGCGGACAACCGUGUUCAAAAUCAAUUGAAUACUGAUUUUACUAUCAAAGUCACGGCUUUUUCUAAAAGGAGCAUGACUGGCGUUUUGGGCGGGUGCGAAUUGGGGAGUUGGGUCCAUGUAAGAAAGUAAACUUUAGGUGGGGGGAAAAGGUCGUCUAAUCAUCAAAUUGGGGGGUUUUUAAAAACACGGGUGCGUUGAAAUUGAAAGGGAAAUAUUUAGGACAGCUAGGAAGGCGAUCAUGGUUCGAAAAAAAAAUUCACUAGUAGACCAUUUGUAAUGUUUGUACAUAGAGAUGUAUUGUCGUCCGUGUAAUGGAACGUUUGGUCGUCUCUUAAGCAUACUACGCUUUUCAGCAUGCGUGCUCUGUAUCUUUGAAAGCCUGGGCUUUUCCAAAGUUAGAUAUAAAUGUCAGCUAACACGAAGUGGCUUUAUUGAC